CCGACGCAGCCUUAGAAAAUGUGCGGCAGAACACCACAAGACUUCUGCUGAAAAUCCCUAGCAGCACUAGGCCACUUCUUCUUCUGCUGAAAAACCCUAGCAGGAGCAUUCCCAUCCGUUUCCCCCACGCUGAAAAGAUGGUGAAGUACUCAAGGGAGCCCGAUAACCCUACCAAGUCCUGCAAAGCUAGGGGAUCUGAUCUCCGUGUUCAUUUCAAGAACACAAGGGAAACAGCGCAUGCCAUCAGGAAGCUGCCUUUAGCCAAGGCUAAGAGGUACUUGGAGGAUGUUUUGGCCCAUAAACAGGCAAUUCCUUUUACACGUUUCUGUGGAGGUGUUGGCCGUACUGCUCAGGCCAAGAAUAGGCAUUCAAAUGGACAGGGUCGCUGGCCUGUUAAAUCUGCUAGAUUCAUUUUGGAUUUGCUCAAGAAUGCUGAAAGCAAUGCAGAGGUGAAAGGCUUGGAUGUGGAUUCACUUUUCAUUUCUCACAUUCAGGUGAAUCAAGCACAAAAACAAAGACGCCGCACAUAUCGUGCCCAUGGAAGAAUAAACCCCUACAUGUCUUCCCCCUGCCAUAUUGAGUUGAUUUUGUCUGAGAAGGAAGAGUCUGUGAAAAAGGAGCCUGAAUCGCAGUUGGCCACAAGUAAAUCUAGGAAGGCUUAAGCUUUAUGUAAUGGUGCUUUCAUUGGCAAUGCUUUUAGUCGAUUCUACAAAUUUUGAGGCAUAUUGUUACGUAAUGCUAUUGGAGGUUGCAGACAAGUUUUGCUAGUGCUUAAAUUCAAAAAGUUCAUUCAAAGACAUACUUUUACUUGUAGAGACAGCUUUUUGUUCUUCUUAAAUGUCGUGUGGCUUCUUUUUGGUUGGAUGUUAUGGUAGUGUUGGAUUAUUUAUCAAGCUGCACUUACUGGCCGUCUCUAUUAUGCUGUCA